CGAAAGUAAACGACCGCCCUCGACAAUUUCUCCUCGCUACUCAUCAAGAUAUCCUUAUCCCGAUACGAUUAUUUUUUUCCUGGUUUCCUAUCGCCUGCAUUCCAAUGAUAUAGCUAUCCACGGACCUGGCAGUGGCCCAAGCUAUGAAUAUCUCAAGAUGACGACCCUCGCACCCCGCUCACCCUACACGCAGGAAGAGCUCGACAAGUUCUAUCCUAAGGGCCUCGAGCUGCGUUUAGUCCAGGUCCUCCUGCGACACGGUGAACGAGCGCCUGUAUCUGCACGAUUUGGCAAUGCAGGCCUCCCCGCGUAUUGGCCGUACUGCAAUGCCGCCCAACGCCUGCGAUCGGUCACCAUGACCACCGACGACAUCUCGAGAUGGGAUUCCCUACAAUGGAGAAGAAGACUAGAAACAUUCGGCGACGACGAUGGACCGCUCGUCGCUGCAGGCCCGGCUGGUGAAGUCGAUGGGAUAUGCCAGUUCGGCGAACUCACAGACAAAGGGCGCGACACAACGUACGAACUCGGCCGGCGCCUGCGCCACUUGUACGUCGAGCAGCUUCAAUUCAUGCCGAAACUCAUCGCCAACGCCGACCUGAUCUACCUUCGGGCCACGCCUCUGCCGCGAGCCCUCGAGUCCGUGCAGCAGACUUUCUGGGGCAUGUACCCUCUGACGGCACGCACGGCGUCGUUCCCGGCGCCCACGAUCGUCACGCGCACGCCGGCCGACGAGACGCUGUUCCCGAACGACGGCAACUGUCGUCGCUUCGCACAGCUCUCGCGGGCCUUUGCCCAGCGCGCGGCGGACCGGUGGAACGAGACGGACGACAUGAAAUACCUGACCAAGUUGAUCGGGAAGUGGAUGCCGGAGAGCAGCAACAAGACCGUCGCGGUCGACUCGCACCCGAGGCUGUCGGGCAUCAUGGACACGAUCAACUCGACGCUCGCGCAUGGACCCGAGACCCGGUUGCCUAGGGAGUUCUACGACAGCAAGGCCCGAGAGAUCAUCGACCGCAUCGGCGUCGAGGAGUGGUUUCACGGAUACAAUGAGAACAGAGAGUACCGGAUGCUGGGCAUUGGCGGGUUGAUGGGCGACAUUGUCGAACGUAUGACGUCCAAGGUCGAGGGCGCGGGGUUGAGUAUCAAUGAAAUCGGCGGUGAGAAUGGACGGCUGGGGAAAGGAAGAGGAGGCGAGAUGGGUAUCAGAUUCGCCAUGUCGGGAUGUCAUGACACCACGCUCGCCGGUGUGUUGACGAGUCUGGGCGCGUUCAACGGCGAGAAGUGGCCACCUUAUACGAGUCACAUUGCGUUUGAGCUGUUUCGCAAGGCCGGUGCCGAUGGCGGUGACGGGAAGCAUGCUGAUGCGGAUUUCUUGACGCCGACAACUCCGGCGAGCACAGAGCCCAAGCGCCAGAAAGAAGAGGAGGUGGUGAAGCCAGGGCUUUUUGCGUCGUUCUUGGGCUUGAAAUCGCCCAAAGCUCACCCCGAUCCGGCCGAGAAGUUGCAAUCCGGGUCUGUGUCUGGCUCGGAUCCAUUGUCGACCCCGAAAUUGAGUCGUGGUUCCUCGGGCAUAGCCACAUCGAUCCCACCCAAGGAUUUGAUUGCACGGUCCGCGUGGAGUGAGUUGUCGGAGAAGCAAAAGGGCCGGCUUGACGGGUAUUACGUGCGUGUGCGGUAUAACGAUAAAGUGAUGAAGGUGCCUGCUUGCGCGCAGCCCGGGAACAAUUAUCAGGGUGACGAGACGUUGUGUACGUUUGAGGCGUUCAAGAGGGUCGUCGAUGGGUACACGCCCAAGAAUUGGAAGGUCCAGUGUGGGCAGAAUCUGGACAAGCCGGUUGAUGGGCUGGGUUCGCCGGCGCAGAUGGCAGGGCAGAUUGAGGAGGGGUUUUAGUGCAGUGUAUUUGUUGGUGUGUCGAUAUUGGUGACUAGUGUUGGCGUCGAGUUGGCGAGUUGUCGACAGUUUUGAGGCUGUACAUAGAAUGCCUCAUGCAAAAGGCAAGGAAAACGCCGGGAAUUGUGCUUGCCCCUGACCAGAGCGCUCGAGGUAGGAGUGAAAUCCGUCUGGUGUCAACAAUCGAAGGUCUUCCGAAGGCCCAUGUAGGUAGAUGACGCGCCUUCAUCAAGCCCCCUGAUUCUGCGGAAGAGUGAGUCGAAGUGAGAUGAGAUACAACUUGGGGCUAGAGUCAUCGAAUCUUGAAAGUGAGACUUCUGGGGGGAAGCCAGCUAGGCCUCAAGGGCAUGGGCAAGCGACAAAGACGAGCAUGAUAGAUUGACUGGUCCACUCGAAAGGUCUGACAAACGAAGUACCCACGGCAUCAAGGAUUCAGAACGACUCUCUUAUCUCUAGCAGCG